AUUGCAAAUGAUCAAGAUCCUGCAGAAAUAUGGGAAAAUAAAGAGGUUUGAUUUCCUUUACCACAAAGCGGGUCCAUUGUCAGGAAAACCCAGAGGCUAUUCAUUUGUGUCAUUUAUAAGGAAGGAGGAUGCUGAGAGGGCAGUGUUAGAUCUGGAUAGAAAGUUUGUUCUUGGGAGGAAGCUAACUGUGAGGCCUGCACAUGAAAGAGAUUUCCAGAACACCAAGAAGUUGACACUAGGUACGCCGCUACCUCAAGGGCCUGCAACUAAAAUAAGUAAUGAUACAAUGAUACGAGCAAUCGAGGCAAAACUAAAAGCAAUGGAACAGACUCCAAGUGAUUUUUCGGUCUGUACGAGACAGGAGAGCCAGAGUCAAUCCAGCGACAGCACUAAAACUCCAUCUUUCAGUAAAUCAGCAUCUACAUGUCAGAGGUAGCAAUGUACCACAUAUACUUACGUUGUAUCUGUGUAGCUGGCGAAGUUUCGGUGUCAGGUUGGGUAAACAUGUCUGUUAUGACUAUACAUAUUAUUGGAAUUUACAUGUAAGCAAACAUAAAUACUCACCCAUCUCAAGCGGUAGCUUUUGUAAGCCGAUAUAGUAUACGUAAUGUACAGUGUAGUGUUAAAGGCUCACAAUGCGCAUCCAAACGC